AAGCUGCCGGCUGCAUAGUGCAUACUCGCUUCCAUUAGGUCAGCACAGCAGAGGAUUUGGUUAAAAAGCGUAAUCAACGAAAGGUUUAGAGGAGACCUCGAAUAUGGCCUCUGCAGAAGUCAACUGUCCACUCCAGCUGAUGAGGAGCGUCAAAGAAGAGACAGAGGAGUUCACCUUCCCUGAUUCUCCAUCCCAGCUGAAUGUAAAAGAAGAGGCAAGGCAGUUCCCUGGUUCCCCACCUCAGCUGAGAAGCGUAAAAGAGGACAGCGAGGAGAUCCUGCGUUCUCUGUACAGUCUGAGGAGAGUGUCUGUAGUGCUGGUGGACUGCUGUAGACCACAAAGACGGCAGAAGAACAAUGAAGAGAACCACAGAGAUGCCGAGGCAAGGAAGAGAUCUGAUGAAAACCAGACAGCUCAUACAAGCUCAGACCAACACCAGUGUCCCACAUGUGGAAAAGGAUUUGCAGAGAAAAGCAAACUCAUCGCCCAUCAGAGAAUCCAUUACCAUUGCACUACAUGUGGAAAAGGCUUUGCACAGAAAAGUCAUCUCAUCAGGCAUCAGUGUGUCCAUGCUGCCAGGGAAAACCCAUCGCUGUGUUCAACAUAUGGUGCAGCCUUUUUUCGAACCACCUCUUUAGCUGAUCAUCAGAGAACUCAUACUGGAGAAAGUCCUUACCAAUGUACUACAUGUGGAAAAGGAUUUACACUGAAAUGUAAUCUCAUCACCCACCAGAGAACCCAUACUGGGCCUUACCAGUGUGCUACAUGUGGAAAAAGCUUUCAACUGAAAGAAGCUUUCAACAAGCAUCAGAAAAAGCACACUGACAAGUCACACUGGAGCACAAGACGACGUGGACUAUUCUGAAGACCAAUAACAGAACAUCUGAAUUUUGUAUUUGAUUUAUUUGUGGUGAGGAUCAUGAUUUAGCUCAUGCUAUUUGCAGAAAAUGUCAAAUUACGUUAUUACCUGUACAAUAGAUUAUAAACCGCUUUGACAAUAUUUCAUUUAAGAACAUGUUUCCAUAGGGCUCCCCGGCAAUAGUUAACAGACUCAACUACUACUAAUAAUAAUACCGUAGCGUCUGCCAAAGAAGUACGGAGUCAGGUGUACAGUUUUCUGGGGUUUAAUACAAGACAAAUAACACUUAAGCAGAGCACUGAAACUUGUGAGUUCUCUCCAGCCUGGCGUUUACCAACUGGCUAGAAUAGAACUAUCUAAGAACAAUUCAGAAUGACAACCCAUUCCAUAACAGUCCCGUGCAGGGUCCCAUUCAUUCACCCAUGGAUUACAUCUUGAAAAUCCUUCAGAAAUGUAUAACUUGCUUUGAGUUUAAAUAAAGUGUU